CAGGGGAUGAACAAUCAAUAUAUCCGUCAGGAAGUCUUCUGCUGUGAAACUUGUCAUGAGCUCAAAAGCUUCUGGGAAAAUGAAAUUAGCAAACAGACUUGUUACAGGGAACUGGAGGAAGAUCGUCAGGGAAAGAGCGCCCUGAGAAAGCUCAGAGAAGAAUGGAAACAGAGACUGGAGAAAAGGCUGCAGAUGCUGGACAAUCCUGAUGAGAAGAAAAAGCAGGCAAGCACAGUGGGCUGAGAGCUGCCUGCUUCAUCCACUUCAAAGAUAACAAGCCACCAAGGGCACUCUUCUAGGAGAAAUAUCUAACACCAAGCUAUGUUGAUUUACUAAGCAGGACACUAUUCGAUUUCCUAUUUGUAAGGGAUUUACAUGUCAAACCUCCCCCCGUGCUAAUGGGAGUUAUUAUCCAACUCAAUCCUCUCUGCACAGGACAGAGUGACUGCCAAGGUGACAGGGAAGCUCGGGUUAUUUAAUAUAAAAAGCUCUUAGAAUUAACACUCCCCAGGUUUCAAAGAUCCACCUAGUGUAAUUUAUUUCCACAUUUUCUUUUCAUUUUCAAAUCUGAAUGUUUUAUCUAAGCUUACCAAAGGCAAUGACCUGGAU